AUGGCCGUCCUAAAACCGCUGGUGGGCUCAACUGAGGCCCCUCAACAGUACAAGCAACCAUCGAGAAAGGGCAAGAAGGCUUGGCGGAAAAACAUUGAUGUCUCCGAUGUCCAGAAAGGAUUGGAGCGAGUAAACCAGGAGAUCAUACAGGGUGGCGUAAUUUCGGAACGCAAAUCGGAGGAGAUCUUCACCAUCGACCUCGGUGGCGAUGCGUCCAUUCGCAAGAAGCUCCCCAAGCUCGCGAGAGGGUUGAAGGCCGACGACAUCAUCGCUCAGCGGUCUGCUGUUCCAGCCGUAUCUCUACGCAAACGACCCGGAGAUAUCACCACGGACGGAAUCCUUCCCGCCAAGCGCCAGAGGACAAACUAUGUCACCCACAAGGAGUUGACGAGACUCCGGAAAGUAGCAGAUGGCCACCACGAUAGCACCGUCGCCAUUCCCGAUGCCACCUACGAUGUGUGGGCCGAACCAGCCACAGCCCUCAAGAUCCAGGACGACGCCGACGAGCUCUCAUUCUUGCCAAAGCCCGCAAAGGUGAAGGCACCGAAGUCGCGGAACCAGAAGCCAGUCUCGCUGGUAGCCAGCGGGAAAUCCGUACGGGCGGUCCCAAAACCCAAAGGUGGCCACAGCUACAACCCGGCCUUCACCGAUUACGAGGCCCGCCUGACGGAGGAGAGCAACAAGGCCGUCGAGGCCGAGCGCAAGCGCCUCGCCGCCCUGGAGGCGGACCGCCUCCGGGCCGAGGCGGCGGCGAAAUCCGCGGCGGAGGCGGAGGCGGCCGAGGCGCGGGCGGACCUGUCCGAGUGGGACGAGGACUCUGCGUGGGAGGGGUUCGAGAGCGGCGGCGAGGAGCUGAGCGUCACGGCCAAGCGGCCGCAGCGGAAGACGCAGGCCCAGCGCAACAGGAUCAAGCGCCGCAAGGAGGAGGAGCAGAAAGCCAAGCACGAGGCGGCCAUGAAGCUGAGGAGGGCGCAGCUGGAGCAGGUCAAGGACAUCGCGCAGACCGUCGAGGAGCGGGAGCGGGCGCUGGCCCUCGAGAAGGUCGAGAUGAGCGACGGCAGCGACGAUGGCGGCGACGACAACGAGCUGCGGCGGAGACAGCUGGGCAAGUACAGGCUGCCCGAGAGGGACCUGGAGCUGGUCCUGCCCGACGAGCUGCAGGACUCCCUCAGGCUGCUCAAGCCCGAGGGAAACCUGCUCAAGGACAGGUAUCGCAGCCUCCUGGUUCGGGGCAAGAUGGAGAGCCGCCGGAGGAUCCCCUACAAGAAGCAGGCCAAGACGAAGUACACGGAGAAAUGGACGUACAAGGACUUCCGUCUGGAUUAG